CGUUUCUUGAUUGUCCGAAUGAAGCCAUGCAAUGAGUAAGGGAUUAAGAACUCCUGGCUGAUGUGUGAAAGUUCGGGCUUCGUGCCGGUCAGCUGACCUUUCAACGAAGAUCAGCACGUGCUGUUCAUAACACCUUUAAUAUCUCCUCAUGGCUACAUCGUCGGCUGCCUUGUCUCUGAGAGACUCCUUUGGCGACAGGAAGCCGCCGGAUAUCUCCCGAAAGAUUACUGCUUGUGUGGCUUGUCGUAAACAGAAGAUAAAAUGUCACCUCAAUGGCAAUCCGCCGUGCAGUCGUUGCAAAUCACGUGGUCUACCCUGUACCGUAAACAAGAGUCUCCAGAUGCUGUUGGAAAGUGACGCAGGAUGGAAAGAGGAGAUGGAGGAGAGGUUGAGAAAGCUUGAGGAUGCACUCACUCUCAACACGAACCACCGAGACAACUUGGCGAUCUCAACAUCAGCCCCUUAUCGGACAUCACCAGCACCAGAUAGUCCCAUAGAACUCAGCAACAGUGUUGCUACUCUAACUACCCAAGCAUCCGAGAACACCAGCGAUGUCACCCUCAAUCUUUCGUGCAGUCUGGGAUCUUUCCCGGGAUCAUCGAUCAUCAGCCUCACGUUUACCGAGCAAGGAACGCAAUCAAAAAACAAGCCAGAUUUGGUCAGCAGCGGCUUGGUCUCCCUCGAAGCAGCAGAAGCCUACUUCACAGUUUAUCAGAAAUCCAUGGAACCUUGCACGCCGCAAAUUUUGCUAGAAAAUGACUGUUUGGCUAAUGUCCGAGCCAGGUCUUCUCUAUUGACGGCUGCCCUAUGCACUGCGGGCUCUCUAGGUGCAGACUCAGCAAGCCACAAAAGAUGCUACGAUGCCUUCCUCCAAGAAGUCUCCAGCAGGUUAUUCUCUCGACACCAUAGCAUUGAUGAUGUUCGUGCCGUUUGUAUUGGAGCACUUUGGCUCAACAAGGUGUCAUCCAUGUUGAUUGGAAUGGCUGUUCGAAUGGCCAACGACCUAAGUCUGCAUCGGUGUAUCACCAAAAUGCCGCACAGCAAAUCAGAAUGUUAUGAGCGCACUCGUCUAUAUUUUCUAGUCUACAUCUGCGAUCAUCAAUGUUUUCUGAUAUAUGGAAAGCCACCAAUGACUCGGGAGUUUCAUUCCCUGAAAAGUCCCAAGUCAUUUCUACAGAGUCCUCACUGCAUCCCCGCGGAUGAGAAGCUCAUCAGUCAAGUCGAACUUUGGUCUAUUUCUAGCCGAGUGUUUGACAUCUUUGGCGCUGAUGUUGAAGCCUCGAUUACCCCCGAGCGAGUAGCAGAACUCGAAUCUCUGAGUCGCUCUUUCGAUCUGUGCCGUUCAGCCCUUCCGGACUCGAUGCCUAUGGAUGAUCAUUCCGACGUUUUUGCUCGACAGCUCUUCGACCUGCAGAUUCAUUGUGCCAAGUUAUCUCUCUUCUCGCAUUCCUUCAGGGGCUCUUCUCAAAGACACGCAAGAUCGCCAUUGAAGUUUGACGGAAAGGAGAGGUUUGAGCGCAGUGCUCUUGAAAGCGCAUUGUCCAUCGUUCGAUCCAUCGCCUGCGAGACCGAACUUCAACAGCGGCUGGAGUGGCUGCCUUCUUACUUUGGUACCAUGAUUGCCUUUGCGUCCAUCUCUCUGAUGAAGGCAUCCGAGAAAGAACAAACAAUGUGCUACCUUGACAAGAAUGAAGUCUCGAGCGCUCUCAGCUGCUUGGUCGAGGUCUUCAACACUUGUUCAGCGAGGGUGCAGCCCGAGCAUCCACUUCGCAGCGUAGCGAGAAGUUUACGGAUAGCUAUGAAUAGUUUCUGUCAGUCAGGUGUGAAUCACGUCGAUCCUCUGGCUAAUGGCAUGCUUGCUUUCGAUGAUAUUGGAAAUUCUUGGGGGAUGGAUUAUCUAGGAGAUUACAACAACUUGUUAUCUUUACCGAACGAUGUUGAUGCAGGCUUCAUGGAUUUACAAAAUCUUUGAGUGCAUCUAAUGCGGCAAUCGAGGCUUUGUUUCAAGUUGAUUGAGAAUGCAUAGUUUAAGCAGAUCCUCUUUGA